AUGAACACGAAUUCUUUUCAGAACUUUUCUAGUGUUACCGAAUCUGAAUAUUAUGUGUUUUUUUUUCUUUUAGUUCAAUCACCAUGUAUUCCACCAAAUUUUGGUUCGGAUACAUUUGAACCAUUACUUGUCUCAUCGGAUGAUAAUUCUUCUGAAUCAUCAUCAGUUACAAAGAAUACAAAUAUACAUACAUCAUCAGAUAAACUUUUAUUAUCAAAUCCAUGUUUAUCAAGAAAAAAUUCUUCAUCAUCAUCUUCUCUAUCGUCAUCUUUACAAAUUCCAACAGUAACAAUGACGAAUAUCGAUGAGAAGAAAACAGAUUCAAUUAUAACAAGUACACCUACAACAACAACAACAACAACAACAAAACAUUAUAAACAACGAAGAACAUCUGGUAAAUUACUUGAACAACAAAAUGCUAAUGAUAGUGGUGAUGAUAAUCAACAACAACAACAAAAAAGUAAAACUCGUCAUCAUCACCAUCAUCAUUAUCAUCAUAAAAAAGUUCGAAAUCCUCGUAUUUUAUCACCACUUGAACCAAAACCAUCAUUAACAUUACCAAUACAAACAACAGGUCUAAACCUAUCUUCAAAUUCUAAAUCACAAGAUCUUAUGCAAUCAACAAAAUUAAAUAAUUCGUCAACAUCAUCUCAAAUGACACCACCAUUUUUACUAUCAAAUGAUAAUGAAUUUAAAAAAUCUGCUUCAUCACAUUCACUUAUACCACCAUUAACAACAAAAAUAAAUUCAUCAAUGUCAACAACUAAUUCAAAUAAACCGGUGAAAUAUAACAGUCAACAACAACAGCAGCAACAACAGCUACAACAACAACAACAACGAAAUUUUCCACGAUCACUUUCAAAAUCAUUUUCAUCAUCAUCAUCAUCAUCAUCUCCACCACCAAUAUGGUUUAAUCAUCCAGAUGAUCGUUCUUAUCGUCAUACACAACGUCAUAAUAUGGCUGUAUCACCACUUGAACGUGAUACAACUCUUAAAGCUCAACAACAAAAUUCAUUUUCAUCAUCAACCAUAUCACCUAUUUAUUCAAUAACAAAUAAUCUUCGACCACCAAUUAUUAUUCGUCGUGGUCCACGUAGUUUUGGUUUUACAUUACGUGCUGUUAAAGUCUUUCAUGGAAAUACAGAUUAUUAUACAACACAACAUGUUGUUGUUGCUGUUGAAGGUCCAGCUGAAGAAGCUGGUUUAAGACCAAAUGAUGUUAUAACUCAUGUUAAUGAACGUCCUGUUGCUGGUCUUAUACAUCCUGAAGUUGUUAAAUUAAUUUUAAGUGGUUCACCUAAAUUAUCUAUACGUGCUAUACCACGAUCUGAAACUCAGAUACGUACAGGUGGACGACGUCGUUCACCAUCAAAACAAAAAAUACGUUAUCAACAACAACAACAACAAUAUGAUAAUAAAAAAAGUCAAACAAAUAAUACUUAUCAUCAACCAUAUUGUCAAAAAUAUCGAAUGAAUUCAUUAGGAGCUUCAACAAAUAUAAAUUCGAAUACUAGUAAUGCAAAUAAUUUAAAUAAAAAACAUCCACAAAAUAAUUCAUUAUUUCGACGUUUAAGUGAAAGAAAAGUAGCUCGUGAUAUGGAAGCAGCUGCUGCUGCCGCUGCUGGAGUAUCAUUAAUCAUUCCAACAACAUUAACAACCAAUACGCAUACGAAUAAUACAUUAACAACAACAAAUACAUCUAUAUUAUCAUCAUCUUUACCAUUACUUUCAUUUAAUCAAUCAACAAAUGAUCAAAAUAAUGAUCGAUCAUCAACAAAAACAUGCAAGCAAGUUCGUCCAAAUAUUCUUGAUUCAUCUGAAUGGCCACCACUUCAAGCACCACUUAAACCACCAACACCUACGGCUAGUGAACCAGAUUCUCCGCAACCAACUUUAUUACCAUCAAUUGUUAAACAAAAAUCUCAAAUUUCGGUAUCACCUUUGGCUAAAUGUCCACCAUCAUCAAAUAGUGGCUUAUCAAUACCGAAUCAACCCACACAUUCUUCUCUUUGUAAAACUUUAUCUGAGCCACCAAUACUUUCUCGCCAUGCUAGUUAUGUUCCAUAUCCGUCACAAUCAAUUCCUAAUGAACAUAAUCAUACACAAAAUUAUUUCUAUGCACCAAUGACUACCACACAUAAGAAAAAAGUUUUUUAUAAAAAACCAGUGACGAUUUCUGCUCCGAUCGAUUCAUCAUUUAUAGUGGAAAAUAAUUUCAAUCCAAAUUUAUAUUAUAUCGAUAAUGUCUAUCAUGAUCAAGGAACUCGUUCAUCAUCGACAGAAUCAUCAACGAGUUCAACAUCGACACUUAGACAUGUCGAUUGUUAUUUCUACCCCGGUCGUUAUUCUUAA